AUGAUAGCAGACUUUAUUAACUAUAUCCCUGAUACAACCAUUGAGGAGGUUGAUGAAAGUUCCUCGGAUGGAAUGGAUUUAGAGUACACUGCAAAAGAAUAUGGCGAAGUAAUCAUGUUGGCGGAUGCAUUUACUACUACUAUUGAUUAUGGACCAUAUACGGUCAUUCGUAGAAAUCAAGGCGGGUCAUACGAGUUAAAGGAUGAAAUGAAUGAGAUUCUUCAUUGCAACUAUGUACCAUCCGAGGUAAAGGUGGUGAACAUAGAUAAGAAGGUCAUUGAUCAUGAGUAUUUCGAAAUUGAGGCGAUUCGAGAUCAUAGGGGCAAAGCAGCGAAUCGUGAGUAUCUCAUCAAAUGGAAGGGCUAUGGUGAACGCAUGUGUUCGUGGAUAACUGCAGAAGAUGUAUCGGAUUCCCAUAUCUUGCAAAGGUAUUGGCAAAAGCAUAUGCAGCUGCAGAAGCAAGAAGAAGGGCGCAUCCGAGAGCGAGUGGCUCAAAUGCCAAGUAAGCAACAGAGGAAACGUGCUGCCAUUGGGGAAGCAGAUCAGGCGGGGGCUCCUCAAUCUCCAGCAAAGCGGCGCCGGGCCACGUAUGUUAGGGAGAAGACAGGGUAA